UCCGGGACGAGCACAUGCCGCGACCGCCGCCGCCGUCGCCGUCGUCGUCGCGCUGUCAGUCCAACGCCGCGCAGCGUCGCACCUGGCCGCCUCGACGUCGUGGCGCCGUGCGUCGUCCGCUCGCAGCAGCAGGCCAUGCGGGGCGAUGACGCCGUCGCCGCCGCUGCCUCUACCGCCGCUGCAGCCACAGACAGAUCAAGACGAUGCUGCCGCCGUCGACCUUCCCGCCGAGGUCGUCGCGUGGCUCGAGGCGCAUCCGCACGCGGUUGAAGCGUGGUUACGAGACCGUCAAAACGUGCAGAAUGCAUGUGCUUCUUCUAGUGCCGCACCAGCACCGCCACCACCACCACCGGCUCCAGACGUAUCUCCGUCGAAUAAUACCGCUCAGCAUGCGGCGUCCACCGCCAGCGCCGAUCUCUUCCGGUUGUUGUUGGCGGCGGGCCCGCACGUCCGUCCACAUCAGCCGCCCGACUACGACGCGCUGGAAGAGAGCGAAUUGUUUAUGGAGCUGAUACGCGACGUCGCCAACGAGCUGGACAUCGACGUGCUCUGCCACAAAAUUCUUCGCAAUGUGAGCGUGUUGACACGCGCCGAUCGCGGUUCAUUGUUUUUGGCGCGCGGAGCACCGAACUCGCGGUACCUCGUGGCGAAGCUCUUCGACGUGCGACAUGACACCACACCUCCGGAAAGCUCCAACAAUAUGGGCACAAUGCGAGAACAAAAAGAACAAACUCAACGUAUCGAAGAAAUACGACUGCCUUUCGGUGUUGGCAUUGCCGGCACCGUCGCGCAAACCAAGACACUGAUCAACAUCAAAGAUGCUUACAAUGAUCCGAGAUUUUCCCGUGACAUGGACAUGAAAACCGGCUACAAAACAAAGCUGAUCCUAUGCAUGCCGAUAUGCAACUACGAGGGCGAAGUCAUCGGGGUGGCACAGAUCAUCAACAAGACGGACGGAUCAGACGAGUUCAGCGAGCAUGACGUCGUCGUCUUCCAGCGCUAUCUCACCUUUUGCGGCAUCGGCAUUCAGAACGCGCAGCUAUUCGAAGUCUCCGUGCUGGAGUACCGCCGCAAUCAGAUAUUGCUAAAUUUAGCGCGCAGCAUCUUCGAGGAGCAAAACAACUUGGAGUGUCUCGUCACUAAAAUAAUGCGAGAAGCACAAGAGUUACUCAAGUGCGAACGUUGUGCUGUUUAUCUACUUGAUUUGGAUUGUUGUGAACAGAGUCACUUAGAAAACAUUAUCGAGCGGCCAGGGCGAGUGAUUGAGCGCCACGGACCGCUGAAUCGUCUUCAAAGUGACAAUGUUACACCCGAGGAUAUGCGUGAGAAUGGCUUGGAUAAAACGUGCACAUUCACAACAGUUUUCGAGUUGAGAGACUGCGGUUCUAAAAGCCUCGUUUCGCGGCCGUCGUCCUUCGAUUUGCAAAGCUCAACGCUGGCGCAAAUCGCUGGAUAUUCCGCCACUAGGGAACAGAUCCUAAACAUUGGUGAUGUCCGCACCUGGUUGAAGGAACAGCACAGUGAAGGCGAUGCAGAAUCAGCACGUACCAUCCUCUGUAUGCCGAUUAGCAACGGCCAGAGAAAUCUGAUCGGUGUAGCACAACUCAUCAACAAAGCGAACAAUAGCUCGUUUACGGACGCAGACGUAUCAAUGUUGGAAGCGUUCGCGAUCUUCUGUGGCCUAGGAAUUCACAAUACGCAAAUGUACGAGAAUGCGUGUAAACUGAUGGCGAAACAAAAGGUUGCAUUGGAAUGCUUGUCCUAUCAUGCGACGGCAAGCAACGAUGCAACGGAAAAGCUGGUCAAGUUGGAUAUUCCGCCAGCUCAGCAAUUCAAUCUGUAUAGUUUUACAUUCGUUGAUUUUGAUUUGUCUGAUGAUGAUACAUGCAAAGCGACGAUUCGAAUGUUCAUGGAGUGUAAUUUAGUCCAACAAUUUCAUAUACCAUACGAUGUACUUUGUCGAUGGAUCCUGUCAGUUAGGAAAAACUAUCGCCCUGUGAAAUAUCACAACUGGCGUCAUGCGCUCAAUGUGGCGCAGACAAUGUUCGCCAUGUUCAAGACGGGGAAAAUGGACCGCUUUAUGACAGAUCUGGAAAUUCUCGGCCUGCUUGUCGCCUGCCUCUGCCACGAUUUGGAUCACCGAGGGACGAACAAUGCCUUUCAGACGAAGACGGAAUCACCGCUGGCGAUACUAUACAGUACCAGCACGAUGGAACACCAUCACUUCGACCAGUGCGUCAUGAUACUAAAUACGGACAGCAAUAACAUUUUUCAAGCCUUAUCGCCAGAGGACUAUCGACGUGUCAUGAAACUUGUGGAGACGGCGAUCUUGAGCACCGAUCUGGCGAUGUACUUCAAGAAACGCAGCAUGUUCCUCGAGCUGAUAGAAAAUGGGGAAUUCGAUUGGCAGAGCGACGACAAAAAAGACCUCCUUUCUGGAAUGAUGAUGACCGCAUGCGACGUCAGCGCGAUCGCCAAACCCUGGGAUGUGCAACAUCGCGUCGCCAAGCUUGUCGCUGACGAAUUUUUCGACCAAGGCGAUUUGGAAAAGAUGCAGUUGAAAGAGCAACCCGUCGCUAUGAUGGACAGAGAACGGAAGGACGAGCUGCCGCAGAUGCAGGUUGGAUUUAUCGACGUGAUAUGUUUACCACUCUAUCGCGUGCUAUCCGACACGUUCCCUUGGGUAAAGCCGCUCUACCAAGGAACGCUGGAGAACCGCCGACAUUGGCAGGACCUUGCCGAAAAGGUCGAGAUGGGCCUCACGUGGAUUGAUCACGACACCAUUGACAAGCCGGUGGAGACAUUCACAGACCAGGAAGAAAGCAAAGACAUUGAAUUUACAGUGCAAACAUUACACACGACACCGGCGAAUCAAAACUCUUCGCAGCCGACGCUGGCGAGUCAGAAAUUAAAACGAAGGCACAAAAUCUGUUGCGUCUUGUGACACUACUUCGACGUCGCAGCAAGCAGCCUAAUGUCGUUUCGUGCAUGCCUAGGUACUAAUAAGGGCACUGUUUUCACACAUCGCGCAUUGCCUACAUUUACUUAAUACUAGUCUCUUAACAAAUAAGUUUUAAAACGAGUGGAGGAAGGCGUGAUAAGUGCGAUGAAUAAGUUCCAAUUGAAGCAAUUAAUAAAACAUUAAGAAAAAUUACUAUUACAAUAAACAAAUUAUAAUAUAAACUACAAAUACAAAUAAACAAAAACAAAAAUAGCAGCAGUGAAAAUACUAAUGGGAAAAAUGAGGAAAAUCAAAUAUUUUCUAGUGUACAUAUUCUAUACAUAUAAUGAUGAAAUGAAAUUAUCUAAGUAAUAAUUACGAUAAUGAUGAAUCUAGUGAUUUCGUAGUUUUUAAUAUUGGAUGUGAUUGCUCAUAAUGUUUCAUUGUGAACGGUAAAACUUUAAUCUUAUAGUAAUAUUUACUAAAUUGCGAAGCGGGUGAGAUAUAUACAGAGUGUUUCUUUGGAUAAUACUUUUAAAAAUAUACCUAUUUGUGUUUGGCACAAGCGAGUGUAACUGUAUGCGGAGAAAGUAAACAAACACGUUAAGCAUGGAUGUGAUAAGAAACAUGAAAGACAUUUACUAUUUUAUUCACGCCGUCUUUGUUGGGCUACAAAUAUCAUUGAUUUUUAUCAAUUAAGUUUCUUUCAGUCGAGUGUUGAGGUGAAAUAUUUGUUGAUACUUGUAGAUGUAUUUUAAAAUAUUAAAAUUAAAAAGAAAACGAUUACAAAAAGUGUUAAUGAAAAGGUAGGGGCCAAAUUUGGUUCUAACAACAUGAUAAUGAAAUUAAUGAAAUGAAAACCGAAUGAAUUGCGAUUAAUUUUUGGACUGUAUUAGAUUUAAACAGGGUCCAAAUAUAUGUAACGGUGUUUUCACAAUUCGGGCCAAUGUGCAGUAUGUCAAUGACUUUAUAGUUGUUUCUUCAUUUUCAAGCAAAUGUAAUACCUAAUCUGAUCUGAUCAAUUAAAUUCAAUGUUAUACCUUAACAAGAAACACUCAGUGUAUAUGAAUAUUGUCAAUCGAGCAUAAAAAGAAACUGUGGAUUUUUAUUGCACUUUUUAAUUUUCGCUUACGAAAAUGAUGAAAAUGGUGAAGAUUUUAUACGAAACCAUCAUAAAAGAUGUGUGUUUCAAGCAUUUUACCAGAAAAUCUAACAAAAUAUCAGAUUAUGAUUGAACGCAGUAAUGUUAUGAAAAUAGAUGCAAGUUACUCGAUCAAAUAACGGGACAUUUAUAACAAUUAGAAGAAUAAUAUUCAUUGUAAACUUAAAUUGCGUUUUAAAUAUGAAAUGAAAACCAAACAAGAGAGAUAUUACAAGGUGGUGCAUUGGAACGCUGUUUUAAACCGGUAUCAAGACAGGCAGAUAUAAUUUUAUCACGAGAUUAGUUUCCAAACUUAAAUAAAUAAAUGUUUCAUUUCAUGCAGGCUGAGCCAUCUAGCGAAUCAUUCUUGUAUGUUUGUGCGAAAUAUUCAAUGUUUGUUUAUGUUUUUUGUAACAGAUGAGAUUUUUCAUUUGCUGGCAAUCGAUUUACGUUCACAAACAAUAUUCAACUAACACAAACAUGCGUAUUUUCACACAAUAUUCACCUUGAUAAUUCUGGUUUUGGUUUAAAUCUUAAAUAAACAUUUUAUGUGGUUUGACAAUGAAACAGUUUACAAUACACCACCUUGUUUAUAUUCUAACAUCAAAACUGUUUUAAUACUUCACUGAAAAUGAAGAAUACAAAAAAUUUCCUUAUAAACGAUUCACGAAGCUGUGUCAAGAAACCAUUUAUAACAAUUCGAAGAAUAAUAAGCAUUGUAAACUUAUAUUACGUUUAACAUGAAAUGAAAACAAAACAAGAGAGAUAUUACAAGGUGGUGCAUUCGAACGCUGUUUUAAACCGGUAUCAAGACUUGAAGAUAAAACUUUAUCUGGGGAUAUGUUUCCAAACAAAAAUAAAUAAAUGUUAUAUUUCAUACAGACUAGGCCAUCUAGCAAAACAUUCUUGUAUCUUCUUGCAAAAUAUUCCAUGUUUGUUUAUGUUUUUUUUAAGACAUGAGAUUUUCUAAUUGCUGGCAUUCGAUUUACGUUCACAACAAUAUUCACCUAACACAUACAUGCGUCUUUUCACACAAUAUUCACCUUGAUAAUUCAGGUUUUGGUUUAAUCUUAAAUAAACAUUUUAUGUGGUUUGACAAUGAAACAGUUUACAAUACACCACCUAGUUUAUAUUGCAACAUCAAAACUGUUUUAAUAUUUCACUGAAAAUGGAGAAUAUCAAAAAUUUCCUUACAAAUGAUUCACGAGUCUGUGUCAUGAAAACCUUUUGUUAUAUAUUUUGUAAGGUGAAAGCAUAUAAUGCAACCGUAAAAGACAUAACGCAUUUGUAAUUAUAUUAGGCAUGAUGUCAGAGGUAAAAUGUAAGCUGGUAUUAUAAUUAUGUACUAUUAUGUUAAAAUUGGCCAAAUUUUUCAUACAGAAAAUAAUUGUAUUUUAAAAUUGAUUGUAAAAAGAAAUCUUAUUAAAAUUAACUCAAUUUUC